UAUAUCAGUGUUGUUUAAACAUUUUGAGUGAUCACAACCCAUAAAGUACAUACAGUUUGUGUGUGAAAAUACACCGAAUUUCCCAUCCGAUAACAGCGAACGAACGGUUCAUACAAAUCAGCAUUGCAUUUUGCAUUUAAAAAAAGCCAACAGUAAUUCCGAUGAUGACUUCGCUAACGCCGUCACAGAUUGCGAUAAUUCAAUCCACUUGGGCCGUUCCAGCGAAAAAUGCAAUCGAUUCGGGCGAAGCAAUUCUGCUUGCGUACUUCGAAAAAUACCCGAAAAAUCAGGAUAAAUUCAAUUCGUUCAAAAAUACGCCGUUGCUUUCGCUAAAAGGAACUCCCGGAUUUCGUACCCAUGCCGGACGAAUCAUGACCGUUUUUCAAGAAGCGAUAUCGAGUUUGAACAAGAAAAAUUAUGUCGACGAACUAGAACAAAUUUGGAAUAAAAUCGGUGAAACACACAACAGACGAAAAAUUUCCCGUCAAUCAUUCAAUGAACUCCGCGAUGUGAUUGUAUCCGUGUUGGUGCAAGUGUGUUCAUUGGAUGACGAAGCAAAAACAGCUUGGGGCGCAUUCUUGGAUAUCAUUUACCAUAUCGUCUUUUCAAAACUCGAUGAAAAAACUCCAUAUUAGCCUAAUGUCUGAAUGUAUCGAAUUGCUUUGAAACUCGUUUGUAACAUAUAAUACCGGCACCAUAAUUCUAUAGAAAACAGUUCUUUUUAUACACACACGAGAUUCUAAAUUUUAAGCUAAUUACAUUGUUUCAUCAAUCGACUCUUACUAAAUGCUCGAUUCUCACGAAAUAUGUUUUCAAGUAUAACGAUCAAUCAAUAAAAAUCUUAUUCUGAAAUCAAUUA